AUGUACAAACUUCAAACCAAAAGGGUAAAAGCUGCUGCUGGGCAGAUGUGCACUUCAAAUAUCUCCAAGAUCAGACAAUCUCUUAAAAAUGUUUACCAUACAUGUAAGAACCAGCAUCCAGAUUCAACUAGACAUCCAACUAUGCCUUCCCAUGAUUGUGAUAAAGAUGUUCUCAGUACUGAUGAAGAAAUGAAUCUUACAGCAAUGCUCCGGGAUAUUAAAAUCACCCAAAUUGAACUCCUCAGCCAAAUGACUGACAUUGUUGGUGUAGUAUCCAAGAUCCAGGGAAAGACUGAUUUUUAUCAGAAGCAGUUGGAGGUACUGGAAACCAGAAUGAAUGUUAAUGAAAACAAACAAUCCACAAUAACUAAAGAUAUCUUCUCUAUGAAAAAAGAUAUUGAUACUUUAAAGAAGAAGGUGACAGAACUGGAAAACCAGAAUUCUUGCUCCAGCAUUCACUGUUUAGAAGUUCUGGAAGGAGAAAAGGGUAAAGAGAUCAUAGAACAACUUCACAAACUCCUACAACCAGAAACUCUGAAGAACACAAUGGCUUCUGCAGACCAGGGACUCUCUUCAGCAGAACGAGAAAAAAUGCCCAGUUAUCGAGAGGCCACAGAUGAUCUUGAGGACAAAACAAUUUCUCCCAAAAUUAAAACUCUGGAAAAAAGUAACCAUCAAAAUAUGUUAAGAAGCUUUAAAAAAGCAAAGUCAAAUAUUUAUAUUUACCCAGACUUUGGUACAUGGAUCAAGCUAACUUUUGUCCAUGGAGGAAAGUGGAGAUUUUUCCUCAGUGCUACUGAGUUAGAGGAAUUCAUCCAGUGGCUUCUUUCUAGGCCAACCACCCCUCUUGAGGAACCACAACUUGUAACCCAGAGAUACAAUCCAUUCACUGGGCCUAUUGCAAGUUUGACCACAUUCUGUCUGUCUGUUUUCAACUAUGUUUACUAUCUUUUUGGUUUCUCAAAAGAGGAAGUAACUCAACUAUAG